UCUCCCUAUAUGGUCACGCACUGUGUCCCGUGCCCAAUCAUUGGCUCCUCGUGACGUAGUGCUGUCCCCACCGAAGGCCCUAUUUCUUUCUCUGUCCACUCCCAGACCUCUCUCUCUAGCCAGGAAUGCUUUCUGUUGAUGCUCAUAAUUGAUUGCUUAUCACGAGUCCCUGCAUAGAGCUUCAUUUGUAUCUGUCGGCUGUUUGCUUUCUUAUCAAGUGCCGCUGCCCGACAGGUUUCGAAAUACUUGAGGCCAUGAAUGAUGAUUACUCCUGAAGUAUUUUACAGACUGAGUUCUCGAAAUAAAGGUUUCUCACGUUAGUUUACAGAUAUUUGCUGAUGUUGCAGUUGUUGUUGUUGUUGUUGUUGUUGUGUUACCAGAGUAGUUCUAUGGACUAUAAAACUGGGGGUAGAAAUGAAUAGAGACAGAAUUCAUCUAUUUCUAUUUUUUAUUUUAAAUAUCCUAUACAAUGAAGUACGUGAUGUUAUUCAUUUAGGGUUGUAUGUUGGGGUUCUAUUACCAUUUCGAUCGGUUGCUGCUCGUUUUGCUGCCUGGCAAAGUCCGUGGGGUCUUCCUAUCCUCACUUCUGGCCACCCUGUCAGCUCCCACCUGCAACAGCUCAGCCGCCACCUCUGCGUGGCCGCAAAACGACGUCGAGUGCAGCGGCAUCCACCCCCACCGAUUCCUGGCGUUUGGAUCGGCUGAGGCCCACAGCGGAAGUUACACCACAGCCGUGUGACCACCGCCCACAGCCAACUGCAGAGGCAUGUUGUGCCAGCUGGUCCUGCUGCCCAGCUCUGCACUGCCCCCACUUGUCCCUCCCACACUUCUCAGUGCAGGGCGAUCCAGCUGUCCUCGUCCGUCGCCUCCACGUCUGCCCCUGCUGCCCGCAACCUCGCUUAGUUGCUCCACCGCCCCCUGCUUAGCCGCCUCUUAUUAGCCUCCUCUGUUUCUUUUCUACAGAGACGUUCCUGCACGAAACAGCUACAUUCUUACACUCUAUUCCCCCCCCCCCCCACACACACACACAGCCAAUUUUGUGUGUGUGUGUGUGUGUGUGUGUGUGUGUUGGUGUGUGUGAUGUCGUCUAAUUUUGAUGGAGACCUUAGUGGCCAAAAGUAUAUUUGUGACAGUCUCUUUGUUGUGCCUAUUGCCCAUCUGCAACUCAGCGUCCCUGGUGUAUUGUGAGGGGCAACUUUCCUUUUCACAAUAUCAUAAUUACAUUAAGUGUUUAUAUAUGUUGACGUUUAUACAUUUUCGUAUAGCUACCCUAUGUAACCAAAAGUAUCCGGACAUCCCCAAAAACAUGUUUUUCAUAUUAGAUCUAUUGUGCUGCCACUUACUGCCAGGUACUCCAUGUCAGCAACCUCAGUAGUUGCUAGACAUCAUGAGAUAACAGAAUGUGGUGCUUUGUGGAACUCAUGGACUUCGAACGUGGUCAGGAGAUUGGGUGUCACUUGUUGUGUCCUACAUCUGUGCACAAGAUUUCCACACUCGUAAACAUCCCUAGGUCCACUCUUUCCGAUGUGAUAACGAAUUGGAAACUUGAAGCUCAAAAGCGUACAGGCUGACCUCGUCUGUUAGCUGAAAGAGACUGCUGACAGUUGAAGAGGGUAAUAUUGUGUGAUAGUCAGACUUCAAUCCAGACCAUCACACAGGAAUUCCAUACUGGAUCGAUAUCCACUGCAAGUAUUUUAACAGUUAGGCGGGAGGUGAGAAAACUUGGAUUUAUGGCUGAGCGACUGCUUGUAAGCCACCCGUCACACCGAUAAAUGGCAAACGAUGCCUCGCUUGGUAUAAGGAGCUCAAACAUUGGAUGAUUGAACAGUGGAAAAACGUUAUGUGGAAUCCAGAAUGAGAUUUUCACUCUGCAGCGGAGUGUGCGCUGAUAUGAAACUUCCUGGCAGAUUGAAACUGUGUGCCGGACUGAAGUUCGAACUGGGGACCUGUGUCUUUUGCGGGCAAGUACUCUACCAUCUGAGCUACCCAAGCAUGACUCACGCCCCGUCCUCAAAGGUUUACUUCUGCCAGUACCUCGUCUCUUACCUUCCAAACUUUACAGAAGCUCUCCUGCGAACAUUGCAGAAGUAGCACUCCUGAAAGAAAGGAUAUUGCGGAAACAUGGCUUAGCCACAGCCUUGAUGAUGUUUCCAGUGCACACUCCUCUGCAGAGUGAAAAUAUCAUUGUGGAAACAUCCCCCAGGCUGUGGCUAAGCCAUGUCUCUGCGAUAUACUUCCUUUCUUUCAGGAGUGCUAGUACUGCAAGGUUCGCAGGAGAGCUUCUGCAAAGUUUGGAAGGUAGGAGACGAGGUACUGGCAGAAGUAAAGCUGUGAGGAUGGGGCGUGAGUCGUGCUUGGGUAGCUCAGAUGGUAGAGAGCACUUGCCUGCGGAGCGUUACGUGGAAUGACGAAUCAUGGUACAUAGUGUGGCAAUCUGAUGGCAGGGUGUGGGUAUCUUGAAUGCCUGGUGAUCGUCAUCUGCCAGCAUGUUCAGCAAGCAGCAACAGUAAAAUUCCGAGGCUGUGGUGUUACGGUGUGAUCAUGUUUUCCGUGGAGGGGCUUGCACCCCUUGUUGUUUUCUGUGGCACUAUCACAGCACGGACCUACAUUAAUGUUUUAAGCACCUUCUUGCUUCUGACUGUUGAAGAGCUAUUUGGGGAUGGCGAUUGCAUCUUUCAACACGAUCGAUCACCUGUUCAUAAUGCACAGCCUGUGGCAGAGUGGUUAUACUACAGUGACAUCCCUGUAAUGGACUGACCUGCACAGAUUUCUGACCUGGAUCCUACAGAAACUUUGGGAUGUUUUGAAGAAUGGGUUGCCAUUCCCCAAGAAACCUUCCAGAACCUGAUUGAACGUAUGACUGCGAGAGUGGAAGCUGUCGUCAAGGCUAAGAGUGGGCGAGCAGCAUAUUGAAUUCCAGCAUUGACGGUGGAUGGCACCACGAACUUGUGUAAGUCAUUUUCAGCCAGGUGUUCGGAUACUUGUGAUCACAUAUUGUAUGUGGGGUAGUGGUUUUCUGGUUUUUGAGUCAUCAAUAUUGGAAUCAGUCACCUCAAACGAUCUGAAGAUCAGUUAGUACAUUUAUCUCACCUUAACCAGUUUUAUUGAAGUGUUCAGGUUUUGAAAUACUCGAAGCUGUGAAAGACGAUUGCUCGUGAAAUGUUUUACAAACUGAGUUCUUGAAAUAAAGGUUUAUCACAUUAGUUUACAGAUAUUUGCUGUUGUUGCAGAUGUUGUUGUGGACUACAAAACUGGGGGUAGAAAUGAAUAGAGAGAGAAUUCAUCUAUUUCUAUUUUUUAUUUUAAAUAUCCUGUACAAUGAAGUACGUGAUGUUUUUCAUUUAGUGCUGUAUGUUGUGGUUUUAUUACCAUUUCGACCGGCUGCUGAUGGUUUUGCUGCCUGGCGAAGUCAGUGGGGUCUUCCUAUCCUCACUCCUGGCCCCCCUGUCAGCUCUCACCUGCAAGAGCUCAGCCGCCACCUCUUCGUGGCCACGAAACGACGUCGAGUGCAGUGGCAUCCGCCCCCACCGAUUCCUGGCAUUUGGGUCGGCCGAGCCCCUCAGGCUGCACCACAGCCGUGUGACCACACCCUGCAGCCAACUGCAGUGGCAUGUUGUGUCAGCUGGUCCUGGUGCCAACCUCUGCGCUGCCCCCACAUGUCCCUCCCACACUUCUCAGUGCAGGGCGAUCCAGCUGUCCUCGUCCCUCGCCCCCACGUCUGCCCCUGCUGCCAGCAUCGUGGAUAGCUGCUCUUUCGCCCUGUCCUCGGCCGCCUCUAUCAGCCUCCUCCGUCUCUCUUCUACAGAGAGUCAUGUGAUUUCUCCCUGCAGCCAACUGCAGAGGCAUGUUGGGCCAGCUAUUCCUGGUGCCCACCUCUGCGCUGCCCCCACAUGUCCCUCCCACACUUCUCAGUGCAGGGCGAUCCAGCUGUCCUCGUCCCUCGCCCCCACGUCUGCCCUUGCUGCCAGCAUCGUGGAUAGCUGCUCUUUUGCCCUGUCCUCGGCCGCCUCUGUCAGCCUCCUCCCUCUCUCUUCUACAGAGAGCCAUGUGAUCUCUCCCUGCAGCCAACUGCAGAGGCAGUGCCAGCUAUUCCUGGUGCCCACCUCUGCGCUGCCCCCACAUAUCCCUCCCACACUUCUCAGUGCAGGGCGAUCCAUCUGUCCUCGUCCCUCGCCCCCACGUCCGCCCCUGCUGCCAGCAUCGUGGAUAGCUGCUCAUCUGCCCCAUCCUCGGCCGCCUCUAUCAGCCUCCUCCGUCUCUUCUACAGAGAGGCAUGUGAUCUCUCCCUGCAGCCAACUGCAGAGGCAUGUUGUGCCAGCUAUUCCUGGUGCCCACCUCUGCGCUGUCCCCACAUGUCCCUCCUGCACUUCUCAGUGCAGGGCGAUCCAGCUGUCCUCGUCCCUCGCCCCCACGUCUGCCCUUGCUUCCAGCAUUGUGCUGUAAUGCACAUCUCUCUCCGGGAGACAAAUAUUAAUUAUUAUCUGUAGUAAUAUAUUAAGCUACAAAUUAUCAUUUCAAACCUGUGUGGUCUCCGUGGUGUGCCUAGUCGACCACAGGUCCCUGUCAUGCUGCUCACUCUAACAACAGAGUACAUACAGGGUUGAAGACAUGGAGAAAGAAAGGUAUCAUCACAAUUUGAAUGUAGAGUAAUAUAACUUUCUUACCUUUAUUGGUCGUUGUUGCACGCUCGUGGUCCAGUGACGAAUUUCGCCAUCCUCUGCUUGUUAAAUCAAUUUGAGGUCCAGGGUGUGUAUUCUACUGAGUAAGAACUGACACAUAUUUAAACUUCCAACUUUUAUUUUAUAAAUGCUGAUCGUGACGAUAUUCAAUAAUUUUCAAUGUAACAGCUUUUCCAAUACAUCAUUUCGUUCCGUCUAACCUUGAUCUUCUCAAAGCAAGCGUAUUACAAGACGUCUCAACACCAACUGCCCAUUGUCUGUACACCCGCCAAACUCUGGUGCCUGUUCACUGAGCUUACAAACUGUGCAGUACUGCCAACCUUGGUUGUACAUCGAUAUUUUAUACAUCUACGAAAACAUAGUAUGAAAAAUGAAAAGUGUUUAUAAUAUAGUUCUGUGGCAAUAUACCUCAUGAUUGUUCUCAUAUUAACAGUUUCGUAAUAAAAUAAUAAUAUGUUUAUGUUUACGUAAUUAAAGUUCACUUGUUCCUUCAAGUUGAUUGACGGCACCGCACACCUCGCCAGCCAGUGGUAUCGGUAGUUCAAGUAGUCCGUUACACUACACACACACACCCCUCGAGAUUUCAUGCGAAAGAAUAUCGCAUGAGAUCUCGACGGACAUGCAAUGCAAUGAACCACUGACCCUACUACACAAAUACUAACAAUCUUCUUCAAAUGUCCUCUUGUGCCCACCAAUCUUCUCGUCUUGAAUUUUAUCUCCUCAUCUGUCAGGCUUCAGACUUAGUACAUUGGUAAUUAUCCUGGAAUUAUAUAACAAUUAAUGGCACAUAUUUAUAAUGGUAUCUCACCCAGGGCAUUUGUUCUCUAUCAUUCUGGGUUCGAUUACCAAAUUUGACUUACAUAUUUACAUAAACAAAUGUGCAAAGAUUUCUACCAGUUAUUAUUAAACAUGUAAUAUAAAUGCAAUAGUUUUAGAAUAUGGACUUUACAUCAAUUUAAUGUGUGUUUCAUCCUUCUCACAUCAACAAAUGUUUCCCCAAGUAAUGUAGAAUAGAUAACAGUGUGAAUCUUGAAGGGACAGUACAAUGGGAGCAGGUUAACGCAGUCAUCUUCAGUAGUAACAUAUUAUCUUCAUAGUUUUAUAAUAAUUCACAUCAGAGGUGACAGUGCAAUGGGAACCUGUUAACCCAGUCAUCCUUAGUACCAACAUAUUUUCUCAAAGAUAUAUAAUAGUUCAAAUCAGUGAUGGCAGUGCAGUGGGAACAUGUUAACCCAGCCAUCUCUUGCAUCAAAAUAUAGAAAUGAUAGUGUAGAUUGCAACUUGAUUUGGUUUGCAGUAGUGGAUCACUAGUGUUUGAAGUUCAAUAAUUUUUACUAAAUGUGAAUCAGACAAAAUAUAAUUCCCUAACACAUCAUCUCUCUAACCUAAAGAAUAAUGCUUUACAAGCAACAAGAGUGCAUCAAAAUUAUCUAAUCCUAGCUUGUGAUAUCAUAUAGUGUACAAAAAUGAAAGGAAAUAAACUAUAUUAUUGUCAA